AUGCCCACGUCUGUCCUCUUAGACGGGCGUCUCAAGUCUAGCAGGAUGGUGGCAUUAACCGCUAUCCUCGGCUUUGCGGCGGCCGGUGUAGCAGCCCUCAACCACACCACCCCUUCCACAUUUCCCCAUAGUCCCGUCCCGGAACGCCCGAGAGGCGGCUGCGCAGUCCUCUGCUCCGAAGCCGGCCCAGACGGUUUCCGCUGGGGCGUGGUGCACAGGUUGGCGGCCCUCGACGCCUGUGGCAAGACGCAGCUCCUCGAAAGCAACAUUCGAUUCCCUCUCACGCGGGAUGACCAGGGGGCCACUGAUCUCCGAGCCUGCACGGCCGACGGUGAUGAGUAUCGAAACCAGGAGUACGGGCCGUCUUGCGGUACGGGCUCUCCAGCGGAGUCCUCCAAGGCCGACAUCCAGCUUCUUUCGGGGCGGUCCUCGGGGCAAGCCUCUCUGGCCUCGUCGGCAGACGUGGCGGAAGCGGCUAGGGAGCUUGCGAGGAACCUCGAAGUUGACCCUACAUGUUCGGAGGUCGCAAGGCUCGCCAAGAAGGGCUCGGCGGUACUUGGGGUCUUCGUUGGGGGUGAGGUGCAAAAGUCUUCUGUCGCUGCUCUUCUAGACAAGUAUGCCGACUACAUUGAGUCUGCCAGCGACUCGUUUUCUUCCGCGAGCGCCGCGCAGCUGUGCGGACCAAAGCAAGCCCGGUCCGUUCAGCAUUCUUUUGGCAUCAUUUCCGACGCGGCAGGUGAUAUUGCGGCGGUUCACGGCGCUUUAGGCCAAUGGUAUAACGGCGAGUGCCUCGAAGGCCUCGAGGCCUCGGAGGUCUGGCCAGACCAAGACCCACACUCGGGCCUGCUUCCUCGAGCGGAGUGCAAGACCUACGAGGUCCGCUCGGGAGACGAUUGCUGGAGCAUUGCCACGAAAAAGUGCGGGCUCAAGGACGUCGCGGCGCUGUACAAGCUCAACUCGAAGGCGAAGAAGUGGUGCGAGGUGGACGGCAUCCUCCCCGGCGACCACUUUUGCUGCAACAAGGGGACGAUGCCCGACUUCACCCCCAAGCCCAACAAGGACGGCACCUGCAAACACGAGCUGAAACCCGAUCUCCGGCCGAAGAAGAAGGACGACGGGACCUGCUUCUGGGUCGCCAUCGAGAACAAGCUGUGCGACGAGAUCCAGACGCAGUACUUUCUCAAGGACGGCGACUUUGACAAGUUCAACAAGGGCAAGACGUGGGGCUGGGCCGGGUGCAACCGCCUCGCGCCGAAGCAGAGGAUCUGUUUGAGCGACGGUGACCCGCCGCUGCCGGCCACGGACGGCGAUGCCUUGUGCGGUCCUACUGUUGUGGGGACUAAGAAACCGGCCAAGGGCAAGAAGUUUGCCGACCUCAACCCUUGUCCGUUGAAUGCGUGCUGCAAUGUUUGGGGUCAGUGUGGCACGACUGUCGACUUUUGUGUAGACACCACAGUCAACAAAACGCCGGGUACUGCCAAGAACAACACCAACGGGUGCGUCUCCAACUGCGGCACCGAUAUCGUCAACAACGACAAAGGCCCCUCGAGCUUCUCUCGGGUGGCGUACUUUGAAGCCUGGAACAAGGAACGCGACUGCCUCCACAUGGACGUGACGGAGAUUAGCGAGAAGACGUAUACGCACAUCCACUUUUCGUUUGGGACCAUUACGGAUAACUUUGAGAUCAACGUCAAAGACGUGCAGAAGCAGUUCGACAUGAUGGUGAACUGGGAUACCAAACUCAAGAAGAUUAUCUCUUUCGGAGGCUGGGCCUUCUCGACCGAGCCGGCCACAAUCUCCGUCUUCCGGAGAGGUGUGACGAAGGAUUAUCGAGAAAAGUUUGCCAGCAAUGUCGUGGCGUUUGUAAACAAGCAUCAGCUCGACGGCGUGGACUUUGACUGGGAGUAUCCGGGAGCGGAUGAUAUCCCCGGUACCACGCCGGGCGGCCCCGACGAUGGUGACAACUACGUCGAGUUCCUCAAGCUUGUCCGGUCCAAGCUAGCCGACAGCAAGUCCGUCUCCAUUGCGGCGCCGGCGAGCUACUGGUAUCUCCAAUGGUUCCCCAUGAAGGAUAUCGGCAAGGUCGUCGACUACAUCAUCUACAUGACCUAUGACCUUCACGGGCAGUGGGAUGUCAAUAAUGAAUACGCCCAGCCCGGGUGUAAAUCUGGAACUUGCCUCCGAAGCCACGUCAACAAGACCGAGACCGAGUCAGCGCUCAGCAUGGUGACCAAGGCAGGCGUGCCUUCGACCAAGCUCUUCAUCGGCAUCAGCAGCUUCGGCCGCAGCUUUAAAAUGGCCAAGAAGGACUGCAAGGGCCCCAUGUGCAAGUAUCUCGGGGCCAAGAACAAGUCGCCGGCCAAGAAGGGCGAGUGCACGGGCGAAAGCGGGUACCUGGCCGACGCCGAGAUCCGCCAGAUCAUGCUCAUCGGCGACGGCUACGGCGGGGCGCCGUAUGAGUCAUGGUACGACAAGGAGUCGGACUCGGACAUGCUCGUGUACGACAAUGUGGAGUGGGUGGCGUACAUGGGGGCCAAGACUAAAGAGAAGCGAGUCGACUGGUACAAGGGCCUCAACUUUGGCGGCGUGAGCGACUGGGCCGUGGACCUCGGCCUCGAUCGGGCCGAUACCGAGCGGGAGGGCGACGGGGACCUAGACCUCGGCGACUUUAAAGAGUGCGACUGGUCGGCCACCUUUUCCAGUUUAAAGAACCUCGCGGACAAGUCGGAGGGGAUGGAUCCGGUGUGCGCGGCGGUGCACGCGCUCCGCGUGCUGACGGACAUGCUCCACGACGCCAUGGACGGGUACGACGAUGUGGCGGACGGGUACGACGGGCUGUUUGACACUUACGCCAACUAUAUCAAGAAAACGCUAAACUCGCGCCUCGAGGAGUUUAUGCGGGAGGGGUCGAAGCACUUCAAGUGCUUGGGGGCGAGGGGACUGAACGCGAAGAAGGAUGACGCUUCGUCGUUGCCGUGUGAGGACGUGCGCAAAAAGCCGGGCAUCUACGAGAACUGGAACUUUUGGUACGAGCUGGACGACAAGAAGGGGUACGAGGACGGGCUGUGGGACUUUGGCAUCGAUCCCGACUGGACGCACCGCGGGUUCCCGCGGGGCAAGGACGACGUCGAGAUCCCGGACCCCAAGGAGGUCAUGGACAAGGCGCGGGGCAACCUCAAGGCGGUGGAGUCGGAGUUCUUCGCCAUGGAGAUCGACAUGUCGCUGGGCCAGUGGGAGGGCAGCCCCGAGGACGUGAUCCAGGUGCUGAGCGCGCCCGUGUUCAUGCUCAUGGACGCGCUGACGAGCAUCAAGGAGGUCAAGGAGAUGGGCAAGGAGAUUGAGGAGGCGCAGGAAAAGGACCUCAUCCUCACCAUCCUCUCGGGCGUGCUCUUCCUCAUCCCCUUUGUCGGGGCCGCGCUGGGGGCCGCGGCGGGGCUGAGCGUGUACGAGAUCAUUGACGACCCGAGCUCGGCGCCGUUUGCGAUCCUGGGUAUGCUGCUGGGUACCGGGCGCGUCGGGGGCGCGAGGGCGUACAGGGACCUGGGGAAGAUUCGCAAGGAUAUGAAGGGCAACGGGGCGGCGGAGAAGAUGGGCGAUACUUGGAAGAAGCAGGAUCCUCAUGUCCAAAAGAUUGUGAGUAACUCGUGUCGGCGCAAGUGA